AUGUCGCAUACUCCCGUACCGCGAUCGUCUGUCGCCAGCGGCCUCGUGCCUCCCGCUCCACCCCCAGGUUAUCCUCACAGUAUGCACGGAUCAGGCGUAUUCCCCCCACCUCACAGCGCCGUCCCCAGUCGGCCUCAGUCGCGCAUUGAGCCUCCUCCACUGAGCUCGACCAUUGGACCGAUGCCGGGCACGCUGGAGCGGCCCAUUGCCGGACCGCGAAAGAGACUCAUUGUCACCUGCGACGGCACGUGGCUCGACGCGGACAAUGGGCUGAUGAACGGCCAGAAACAGCCUCCGUCCAAUGUGUCGCGAAUCGGCUGGGCGAUCAAAGACACCUCAAGAGACGGGAUCCCCCAGAUCGUCAACUACCAGGCAGGGGUGGGCACGUCAGGGGGCCCGGCGGCGCGGGUCGUGGGAGGAGCCACAGGGAUGGGGUUGAAAGAGAACAUGCGCGAAGCAUACACGUACCUGGCCAUCAACUGGAGGGCGGGCGACGAGAUCUUCCUGAUCGGGUUCAGUCGCGGCGCGUUCACGGCACGAAGCAUCGGCGGCAUGAUCGGGGCGUUGGGCCUGCUCACGCGGGAGGGACUGCCCAGCUUCAACGAGGUCUUCGAAGACUGGCAACACCGGUACGACGAGCGGUACGAGUCCAAGUUCCCCAACACGCCGUUUCCCGGGAAGGGCCCGUUCGACCAACACUACGUGCACGAGCUCGCGCGGCGCGGCCUGACGACGCUCAACGUGCCCAUCAAGGCCAUCUGCUGCUGGGACACGGUCGGCAGUCUGGGGAUCCCGCGCCUCGGCUGGAUGGAGGCUCUGCACCUGUCCAACCCGAACAUGCACGACUACGACUUCUACGACACCCGACUGCACCCGUGCAUCGAGAAUGCGUUUCAGGCCCUGGCGCUGGACGAGCGACGGGGUCCGUUCUCGCCCGCGCUGUGGGAGAAGCGCGACAACGACCGCACGAAUCUCGUGCAGGUGUGGUUCCCCGGCGUGCACAGCAACGUGGGCGGCGGGUAUGAAGACCAGGAACUGGCCAACAUCACGCUCGCAUGGAUGAUCUCCAAGAUGGAGCCGUUUCUGGAUUUCCGGCCCAACUUCCUCAUGAGUCUCUGGGAGGAGAACCGUGCGUAUUACAAAAGCACCGGCCAGAAGACGAGGUGGUGGAGUUUCGGCGAGCUGUACAACUCGUUCAAGGGCUUCUACAGUCUGGCCGGCUCCAAGACCAGAACCCCGGGCAACUACUACCGCACCGAUCCGUAUACCGGCCGGCCGACAGGCAAGAGGCUGAAAAACACCAACGAAUACAUCCACGCCAGUGUCCGGAGUCGUUCAGGUCUUCAAGGUCCUGGCUCUCAGGAUCGAGGCGUCUACGAUCCCCCCGCUCUGCGGGACUGGACGUUCGACACCGAGUUCGUGCCUCCCGGCCAAGGGGGAAACGCGGAUGGACUGCUCGUCGUGUGGACCGAUCGAAGCACCAAGCGCGGCAACAACAACACCACCACCGGCAAAGGUGGCGGGCAGGACAAGAUUCCCGAGGCACGUCUGUCAGAGACCGAGCUGGUCCUUCUGAGACAAAGUCCCCGCGUCUACGAGUACAUCUCGGAUCUGAGGCCGCCGUCGGCGCCCAAGGAGAAGAGGAGGUCGCGCCGACACGACGGCAUGCCGCCCGAAAUGGCCGGGGCGGCUGUCGGUCCAGGUCCAGGUCCAGGCGCCGGAUUCCCUCCGCAGGCCGGGCGGCGGAGUAGUGGGAAACUGAACCCAGAUGGCUUGCCGGAUACAGAUGAGGAUCGACGCCGGAGGAGACGGAGAGAGAGUCGCGAUCCAGAUCGGCAGCGCCAUCGCCGCAGUCGACGCUACGAUGACGACUGA